AUGUGCACGCGUACCAAUCCAGUAUCGUACCUGCCUUCCCUCUCGGCCCACGACGCCGUGGUACACUCGACUACAGUAGUUAGCCUCCCCCUCCCCCCUUCUCUGCCCUCUCUCGCUCUCUCGCUCUCUCUUUGGUGUGGGUGUGUGUGUGCAACACGACCCACGUCCACACGCGACGCCCCGGAACAUUGUUGCUCAGACCGCCAAAACGUGCCGACAGUCGACGCCGCACCCUUAGACGCACCCACAUGUAGUCCAUACGCGGUCAGCGUGGCUGCAUUGCCCGCCAUGCAACAGGCGCCGGCCUUGUCGGCCAGACUCGAAUGGUUGAAGACACAGUGUGCCCAAUCACACCUUGGCUUGCACAACAGCAACCAUGCAUUGUCGUCAUCACCUCUGAGCAGACUCGGCAGAUCUGCGCCCUAUCUACCUCAUGGUCGAUCAAUGCCUUAA